GGCUUUUGUUCUUUGUAAUAAUGUUGGUAUUUAUCAUUUUAUUUAAUAUAUUGUGUACAUUUUGAUGUAUAAUAAUGCAGCCAGCUAAGGUUACUAAAUUUGGAGCUUAUGUGUAUGAAGAUGGCUCAAAAUACAUAGGAGACUGGAACGAUCGAGGUCGAAAACAUGGAUUGGGUCACGUCCAAUUAAAAGACAAUACACGUUAUGAAGGAGGAUUCAGCAAUGGACUUUGUUCGGGUCUUGGAGUUCUCCAGUAUCCGGAUGGAGCGAGAUAUGAAGGAGAAUUUAUGGAAGGAUGGUUUCAUGGUCACGGAAUGUUUUGGAGGGCUGAUGGCAUGAAGUACGAAGGCCAAUUUCGAGGUGGUCGUAUUUGGGGACUAGGUUUAAUAACUUUUAAGGAUGGAUCUCACGGACUUCCGAGACACGAAGGAUUUUUCAAAGAUUGCAAAUUUGUACAAAAGAAAAAAUGUCCGAGGGUCGUUGUAGAUGCACAACGAGCAGCAUUGAUGGCAAGAAUACAAACCGAACAAACAUAAUUUUCUAAUAAAUUUUUCUGUGUAUAGUGUAAACUAUAAAGAAUAAUUAAAAAAAAAAUAAAUAGA